CAAACUUUCAUUCACUACACUUUCUUCUUUCAUUCAUCCAUUCAUUCUCGCUCAGCGCAGCAAGACACUCACUCGGAAAUUACAAACGUCUAUCUCUUUCUAUUCCGAUCCACUUUUCCAAAAUGCAAUACUCCACCACAGCUUAUGCGGCCAUCGUUGCCCUUCUAUCUCUCAACUCAUUCGUCAGCGCCGCACCCAGUGCUUCGGUCGUUGCGCGCCAGGCAAAGAACAUCAGACUGGGCUACGAAUCCCUCGAUGCCAACCCAGGCAAGAAAGGCGCCUCUGCAGUCUGGGUCGCUGGAUCAGGAUGCUCAGCAGUGACACCCCACGGAUUCGACUGGGAAGAGUUCACUCCCUGCGAAGUCUUCUUCACGCCUCCCGGUCAAUCACAGAUGUACACCAUGGAGGGCUGCGGUUCGGGAGGCGGGGAUCUCAAGGAGAACGGCAACAAGGUUGGCAGUUGCAAGUCUGAGGAGCAGGUGGAGGACUGCGGCGGAGGCCGAAAAUGGGUCGGACAGUACUCGUGCACUCUUGCGUAAAUGGGGAUUGGGUUGGUGUAAGAUAAAAUGGCAGGCAAGAGGGUUGUAGGAGUAGAACACUAUGUAUGAUGCAAUAUUUUCAAUACAUGUCUAGACGGCAAGUUUGCAAGUAUUCACCAUGUGCUGGAUUUUGA